AUGAGAGAUUGGGAGAAAGCGCAGAGCACACUUGUUCAUCCACAGAGAGCCCAUCCCCCACAACUAACGAUUCAACUCUCAUCUCCGACGACAAUUAGAUGCCACACCGACGUGGCUUGGAACAAGGAAUCAAGAGAGGCGGGGCUUGCAUGGAUCUUCACGGACGGGGAAGGGAGAGAGAUCAGCCGAGGAUGUCUCCAUCAACAACACGUCUCUUCAUCACUCGUGGCGGAAGCACUGGCGAUCCGAGAGGCUCUAGGUCACGCUGUGGCGCUCAACAUCAACAUCAUCUGGAUCCGUUCAGAUUGCAAGGGACUAAUCCAGUCCAUCACUACGAAUCAAUGA